AUUUAGUAUUUAUGUACCCGAGUGAAUUAUUAAAAUAUUAGAGAAAAAACUGGUCUGUAUAUUUCAAAUAGAACCAGUCAACCGUAACGAGUAAGCACUUUUGACUACAGCCAGGCAUCCGGGAGCUGGUCCUGCAACGUGUCGCACGGGGCAGACCCCCACCUCCGAUCGCAGUUUUACUGUGAAGUCCGGGCACGGGGGGAGUGACGCGGAGAUGGAGACUGACUUCACAGGCUUAGUAGCCACUUAUGGCUACACUGAGGCCCAUGGUUGGUGCCUAGCAGCACAGGUGUGACACAGGGCAGGGCCAGGCCCUUCGGCUGCACCAGCCCAACGCUCCUCGCCUGCGCCGCCGCCCUGGCAGGAGCCGCAGCGAAUAGGGCAGGGCCCUCGCGCGCACCCCCAGCUGGGACAGUUCAGAGUGACGGACACCCCCGCUCCUUUCUCCCCAACAACAAAACUGCGCCGCCGCCGAUCCCGCAACUGCAUAAGCGCCAGCAGCCAGCAAAAGCUAGUUGUGCGCCUGCGCACGGAUAUGACGCACACCCCGCCGGUUGUCUGUGCCUUCUGCGCGCGCGGACCUUGUUGCGCACGCGCGUUAGGCUCAGGGAAGUUGGCCGGCCUGAGGGAGGGCCUGACCCUGACCAUGGCCGCGGCAGAGACUGGGGCGCUGCCCGUCGAGGAGCGCGUGGGGCAGGUGGUGCUGCCGGGCGACGUGCUGCUGCUGCCCUCGCACCCCGAGGCGGAUGGGGAGCGGCUGUGGCUGGGCCCGGGCGCCGCUCUGCCGGGCCGGCUGGUGUGCGGGCCGGGCCUGAGAUGCUGCGGGGCCGGGCUGCUGGUCACCAAGUGCGGGCUGCUGCGCCACCGCCAGCCGGGCGGGGCCGGAGGCGGCUCGGGCGGGGCCUACUGGGUGGACUCCCAGCAGAAACGGUAUGUCCCAGUCAAGGGAGAUCAUGUGAUAGGCAUAGUGACUCUCAAGGCAGGUGACAUAUUCAAAGUGGAUGUUGGUGGAAGUGAACAAGCUUCUUUGUCCUACUUGGCAUUUGAAGGUGCAACCAAAAGAAACAGACCAAAUGUGCAGGUGGGAGAUCUUAUUUAUGGUCAAUUUGUUGUAGCCAAUAAAGACAUGGAACCAGAGAUGGUCUGUAUAGACAGCAGUGGAAGAGCGAAUGGAAUGGGAGUAAUUGGACACGAAGGCCUGUUGUUUAAGGUUUCUUUAGGUCUAAUAAGAAAGCUUUUAGCUCCCAAUUGUGAAAUCAUUCAGGAAUUGGGACAACUCUAUCCUUUUGAGAUAGUGUUUGGAAUGAAUGGAAGAAUAUGGGUAAAGGCAAAAACAAUUCAACAGACUUUAAUUGUGGCAAAUAUCUUGGAAGCCUGUGAGCACAUGACAGCAGAACAAAGAACGCAAGCAUUUGCCAAACUAUCGGAGAGGUGAUGUAAAGAAAACAUCUUGGGUUCAUUUCAAUCUUUGCAAUGAUUGUAAUAUUUUUGUAUUCAGAUAUAUAUUAAUAACUCAUUUUUAAACUUUGUCUCUCUCCCUUUUAAUAUUUUUACCCACCUGUCCCUCUUUCCCGAUCCCUCAAUCUGUUUAGUCUUCUGCAUUCUAGAAUUCUCCUCACUUUCUUAGCAGCAGUGUUUGACUAAAAGAUUACAUCUAUUUGUUUCAUAAUAAAGUCUCUCACAAUAAAGA